AUGAAGAAAGCUACUCAAACCAAGAGCGACAUACUUAUGGCAUUAUUAUGCCUGAGAGCAACACCAAUUGACCACCAUUUACCAUCUCCAGCAGAACUACUUAACAAAAGAAAAUACAGAACCAAUCUACCAAUAGCUAAUACCAACACACAAGAUAGAAUGAUUACUGAGAGACUCAUGGAAAGACAAGAAACACAAAAGAAAUACCAUGAUAGAAACAAUCCCAAAACACUCAAAUGGGGACCUGCAAUAGUCGAAGAAAGAUUAGGAGACAGAUCAUAUAAAGUUGAAUUACCUAAUGGUCAUACAGUUCGAAGAAACAGAACAUUUUUGAAAGAACGAGGAAGAAAAGACAAGUUUGAAAUACCAGAAGAACCAGACCUAAUACUACCAGAAACAAAUUCACCAAACCAAUCACCAACCUCAACUCAUACAACAGAACAAAUUGAAGAUCCAGAAAAGACUAACCAUUCAGAAAUUGAACCAGGUAUACAAACCCGCUCUGGAAGAGUGAGCAGACCACCAACAAGACUAGACCUUUAG